UCCAGCGCAAGGAACUACCCAGCACCCGCACCUCUCUACAUCUUCAUCCCUUCGACUUGUUUCAAAGAUGGUGUGUGCUACCUACAAGACUACGUUCGCCAUGAUGGCCGCAUUGGCGAUCAGCUCUGCCGAUGCCACGGGCACUUGCUACGCUCCGUGGCACCACUUGACCGUCAACAAGGACGUCCUCAAGGGUGACAUUCAAAAGAUUGGCCAGUUCUUCUCGAGCUUCCGUACGUUCGAGACCCGCAUGAGCGGGCUCAACGUCAUUGACAUUGCCGCCGAGGCUGGCGUCAAGGUUUCUCCCGGUGUGCAGAUGAACGACCUGGCUUCGGUCGACGCCGAGAUCCAGGCCGUAUGUGACGGCUACAAGCGAAACCCCAGUGCCGUCGACACCAUUUGGGUCGGUAACGAGUGCCUGCAGAACGGCGACUUCGGCACGGUCAGCGCCGACCAGCUCGUGGGCUACAUCCAGAAGGUCAAGGAGUGCACAGGCGGUGGUGUGCCUGUUGGUACGGUGCAGCGCAUUAACGAGUGGAACUCUGCUCCCGGUGUCGACCAAGUCGCCGGUGCUUGCGACAAGCAAGGUGCAAACAUCUACCCGUUCUUCACACAGGGUGAGCAGAAGCCCAUUGAGAAGCUCGAAGCUCAGUGGAAGCAGAUGACAUCCAAGUACGACGCCGGCAAGAUUCAGCUGACUGAGACUGGCUGGCCUACGGAGGGUGAGACCUGGUCCGGUAACACUCCGUCGCUCGUGAUCAUGCAGGAGUACCUCAACGACUUCGUCCAGUGGUCGGCUGGCAAGGGAGAGUCGUUCUGGUUCAUGAUGUUCGACACGACCACCAGCUACACCGGCGCCGAGUACGAGAAGCACUUCGGCUGCUUCGACAAGGACGGCAACCCGAAGGUGUCGAUCCCCGGUGGCUUCAAGGAUGGAUCCACGACGACGACGCCUACGCAGGGCAGCCAGAUUCAGGGCAGCUCCACGGGCAGCCAGACUCAGCAGGGCACCCCUGUCCCGACUGAGCAGCAGUACGCUGUUGACGUGCCCGAGUACCGCACGGAGGCCCCUGGCACCCCGCCUGCUAACGACGGUGGUGACCAGACCCAGCAGGGCACCCCUGCCCCGACUGAGCCGCAGUACGCCGUUGACGUGCCGGAGUACCGCACGGAGGCCCCGGGCACCCCGCCUGCUAACAAUGGUGGUGACCAGACCCAGCAGGGCACCCCUGCCCCGACUGAGCCACUGUACGCCGUGGACGUCCCCGAGUACCGUACGGAGGCCCCUACCAACCCUACUGGUGAAAUCCCUGCCCAGGACACCCCCGCCCAGGAGACCCCUGUUCAGGGAACCCCUUCGGUCGAUGUCCCCACGCAGGACGUUCCUACCCCGGACACUCCUUCGGUGACCCCUGCUCCGGUGGUGCAGUCUGGCAAGGACUGCGCCAUGUAAGGCACCUGUAAGUUGUUGAUGUAAACGACUCAGCUACGUAGCUAGGAAAUUGGAGCAUGUAGCGGAGGUGCAUAAAGGAGAAACAAAACAGUUUU